UUCAGUAGUCUCCAUAGUCGACUCGGAAAUCAGCCAGUCAGAGUUCAUCUUCUUAUGUCACAGUUUAUCUUAAGUUUUUGAAAAAAAAAGAGAGAAAAGAAAUGAUUUUAUUGUCCUGUCCAAUUAUUUAUGUAUCCAAUGGGAUUGCUUCCUUUCAUUAAUGGCGUCUCCUCUGCAAGAGCAACACGAAGAGUUAAGAGUCGCUGUUCCCAACUACUGAUCCUUCUCCUUCUACUUCUUCUUGGUCGCCGACCUUUGGUCCAAAGUUGCCAUUUUUAGCGUUCCUGUUCCUUCAAAAUCUCAUCUUGACGAUGAAGAAGCUCGCCAAGGGCCAGGCACGGCGGGUCCACCCGGCCCCGUUUCCCAACCAUCUGGCUGCGCUCCCCGCAGCGGUGAUGGCGCUGGCGGCGGUUCUGGCGCCCGAGGAGCAGGAGGUACUGGCCUACUUGCUCUCCAGCAACGGCGGCGCCGGAGGAGGCGGAGGGGAGAGGCGGAGGGAGUGGUCGCCGCAGCGGCCGACGCACCUUCCGGAGCUGGGCUGCGGGUGCUUCGGGUGUUACACGAGCUUCUGGGCGCGGUGGGACGCGUCGCCCAACCGCCAGGUCAUCCACCGCAUCAUCGACGCGGUGGAGGAAGGACUGGCCUCCAAGGAGCGGGAGCGCGGCCGCCGCCGCCGGCGCAGCGGCCGCGGCGGACGGAAAGGUGCUGCCUUUAAGGCCGCGGCGGCGCCGGAGGAAGGCAAAGUAGCUCGGCCUCAGCUUUUUCCAUCGUCCGAUGACGACGGCCGUGAAUACGACGAUACGACCAGCAGCGUUGACGGAGCGGAUGAGGAGGCGCCGCCGGUAGCGGCGGCAGAGGAGAAGGUGGAGGACGGAACGAGUGAUGGCGACAACUCUGCCAUUAAUGCGAUCGACAAGAGCUCUGUGAGGAGAUUUAUGACCUUCAUCGGUGAAAGAGUUUGGGGCGUCUGGAACUGAAUCCACAAGAAAAGGAAGGAUUUUUGUUACUAAAAUGGGUUAGAAUUCGAUCUCCCCUUUCCUGUUCCUGAUCGAGGUAGUCGUCUUCUUCCUUCCUCCUGUAAAUUUUCUGCUUUGUUGGAACUCAAAACAGAGUUCUUUUGCUUCAUGUAAAAAAUCGCUCCUUUUAAGAACCAAACUGUUCUAUCAUUAAGAAA